ACCUGGGGGUUCAACCACCACCUAACCUUUUCCUAGGCCAACAAACGAUGUUAAAUGAUACAAUUAAUUCAUUUAUCUGUACUACCAUCUGUUAGUGUGUGUCUCAAUCUCUCUCAAUCUCUCUCUCUCUCUCUCUCUCUCUCUGAACAUUAAUCUUUAAGAGAAGCAGUCCCACACUCUUUCAAGUGCAUGAGACAUCAUUAGGGAGUGUGGUACCAAAGAAGGUUGGAAAUGGUAGGUUUGUUUCCACGACCCAUUUGCCAGAAACACCUAAAGAACCAAGAUUUACAUUCUUCUGUUGUGUUUCUCAUUUGGGUUGCAUAGGGAUUUUCUUGUUAAAAGAAGAGAGAGGGAGCUAUUUACACUGAGAAUCUAAUAAGCCAAUAUGGGUACCUUCACAUUUUCCUUGUGACCCACCCUCUCUCUCUCUCUCUCUCUCUCUCUCUCUGUGUUGGGUGUUUAUUUCCACUAAUAUUGUGUGUUCCUGGUGGUUGUUCUGUGAAAUGGCUGUGAUUGGCAAAAGCAAAUCUGUUUUAAUAUUAACUGGGAGAGUUAUAAACGAGGCUGUGAGCUUCAUUGUCUUUUCUGUUCUAGACCUCAUUGAUUUCCUUCUUUGUUAUGUUUACAAAUUAGUUGAUUUCUUUAUUGAAGCUGAAUGGAAACCAUGUUAUUGCUCGUCUGGCAAAGAAGUCAUCACUAGCAGUGGCAAAAUCUUGGUUUCAGAACAAGGUGAAUCCAAGAUUGUUUGCCUUAGUUCCACCAAGGUGCAAUUGGAGGAGAUCUCAGACACCCUUUAUACACGUCCUUCUCUAGUGUCUGAGGUCUCAAAUUUGACUGUGACCGAACUCAAAAGGCUCAAGGUUGAUAAGACCUUUGUGCAAUCUUGUGAGAAAAUCAAGAAAGGUGGCACGGUACGUUCAUCAUUCACUGUAAACUCUUCCCUUGUUGAAAUGCUUCAAGGAAAGAUGGGGAGGCAGCUAUUACAUCCCAUUCCAAGAUGGUCCGAUUGUGAUUGUAGCUUUUGCAACUCUUGGACCUCUUCUUGCAAAGAAACUCUUUUUGUAAGAGCCGAAGGCCCCAAAGAAAAAGCACAAGAAGAUGUGUUGUUCAUUCAUGGCUUCAUUUCAUCAUCGGCAUUUUGGACAGAGACAUUGUUCCCGAAUUUCUCAAGUGUUGCUAAAUCUAGCUAUCGCUUGUUUGCCAUUGAUCUUCUUGGAUUUGGAAGGAGUCCUAAGCCGACUGACUCCCUCUACACGCUAAGAGAGCAUUUAGACAUGAUUGAACGCUCUGUCAUCGAACCACAUCAAGUUAAAUCCUUCCACAUUGUGGCUCAUUCUUUAGGUUGCAUUUUGGCUCUAGCACUCGCUGUUAAGUACCCUGGCUAUGUGAAAUCCCUAACCCUUCUUGCACCGCCAUAUUUCCCGGCACCAAAGAGUGAACAAGCCACACAGUAUAUGAUGAGAAGGAUAGCACCAAGGCGUGUUUGGCCACUGAUUGGGUUUGGAGCUUCAAUGGCAUGCUGGUACGAACACAUAUCCAGGACUAUUUGUCUUCUCAUAUGCAAGAACCACAGGUGGUGGGAAUUUCUUGCCAAACUUAUUACUAGAAACAGGAUUAGGACAUUCUUGCUCGAAGGUUUCUUUUGCCACACCCACAAUGCUGCAUGGCAUACCCUUCACAACAUUAUUUGUGGUACCGCUAGCAAAAUUGAUACAUAUUUGGAAGCAGUUCGAGACAACCUAAAAUGUGAGGUUACUAUAUUCCAUGGCAAAGAUGAUGAACUUAUACCAGUUGAAUGUAGCUACCAUGUGCAAACAAAAAUACCUCGAGCUCGUAUCAAGGUGAUUGAGAAAAAAGAUCAUAUUACAAUUGUUGUAGGAAGGCAAAAGGCAUUUGCUAGAGAACUAGAAGAAAUAUGGAGGAAUUCAAGUGGUUGAGACCAAAUUAUAAGUGUAAUAAUCUACUACUCCUUUUAAUAUUUAUGGCCUGAAGUCACCAUAAGUUUCUAUCCAACCAAAAAAAAAAGUGGAUAAAAACAUGUCCUGAGGUUGGCAGAAUAUUUAUUUACUCCUCCUUCAAGUGUGUAGUCCCUCCAUGAAAUUAUUACCAGUGUUCUUGGAGUUGUGAAGUACUUACUUGUAACAAUGUUAUUUUGAUAAUGUUAAAAUGAACAUUAUAUCAAACAA